GAAACAGUUAACAGGCUCAGAGUUCCCGCCCACAGGUAUGAUAUCACUGCUCUCAUCUGCCAAUCGCCUCUUGAUGUUGCGGCAAAAGAGUCCUCCAAGCCACAGCUCAGAGCAGAAAGCAAGCAGCGGCAACAGCAACCAGAGCCCAAGGAAAGAGACAGAGGAAGACAAGGAAGAACACGGGACUUUGCUUUGCUCAUUUCUCUUUUCCCUUGCAGAGAAAGCUGUGCUGGGGGCAGGAGGCUGCAGCCCAUGCUGUGACUGCAAACUCUCCAGGCUCGUGUGGGCACCUGUGCACCUUGCCAGGAUGAUGGGCUGCAAGUCCAACUCGCUCACUUGCUUGCAAGGAGGGAAGCCGGGUCUGCCUGUAGUGGCUGCCACCACCGACUCCACGGCCACACUCAACAAGCUGGCGCUGGCCACGGGGGGCACGGAAAAAUCCUGGUACCGCUGCGUCUUCCCCUUUGGCAUCGUCUCCCUGGUCAUUGGCAUUGCUGCCACGUGCAUCACCUUCACCAUCAAUGGGCGGCAGAUGGACAUUGCCAAGGUGGUCUCGGUGGCCACCCUGAUCUUUGGGGUGGGCCUGCUGGUGGGCGCCUUGGUCUGCUGGCGGGCCAAGAGGCAGCGGCAGCGCAAGAAACAGCAAGAGGAGCCUGCUUCCUUGGAACAGGGGGCUUUGUGAUGCAGGCACCAGACCCAAACCCCGGCAGGUAGAUGCAUGGCUGGCAAGAACCCCACCUUUUUCUUGUACUCCAUGGCAGAAUGAGGGGAGCCAGGAAGGGGGCUUUGGCAGCGCCCUCCAAUGUUUUGGGAAGAGAGAAAAAGGACAGUGGAACCUGGCAGUGUGGGGGCAACUUUUGUCCUGUUUUUAGUGAAUGUGUUGAGCGAUGUUUUGAACAGUGAAGGGAAUCGGCCCGCUCCAGGAAGGAUGGUGAAAAGCAGGAGGCAAGUGGCAGGGCUGGCUGGCUUUGUGUCAGGCUGUUCCCCUACAAAAGUUGCCCUGACCUUGGGUUUGCGAGCUGCUUUGCCACACAGAACUGCUUGUUUACAAAGAGCCCCGGGAAAAACUCCUUUCAAAAAAA